GUGGUGGUCACGUGGUUGUUUUGGCGUGUGUGUGUGUGUGUGUGUGCGGGGGGUGAUGAUAGUGUUUGGAGACAGGGACGUCACAUCAACCGUCAGGCUAACGACAGCUACAGCAGCACACACACACACACACACACACGAUGGAAUUCAACGUGAAGAAGCUAGCGUGUGGUGCGGGAGUGUUCUUCUCACGAGCCGUGCAGUUCACAGAGGAGAAGCUGGGUCAGGCAGAGAAGACCGAGCUGGACGCUCAUUUUGAAAACCUGAUGGGCCGUGCAGACUGCACCAAACUCUGGACUGAGAAAAUCUACAGACAGACAGAAGUCCUGCUGCAGCCCAACCCCAUUGAUCACACUGGUGCCAGAAUUGAAGAGUUUCUCUAUGAAAAGUUGGACAGGAAGGCCCCGUCCAGGAUUACCAAUGGAGAGCUGCUCGGUCAAUAUAUGCAGGAUGCAGCAGAGGAGUUUGGUGCGGGGAGUCCAUAUGGGAGCACUUUAAUCACAGUGGGAGACUGUGAGAGAAGAUUAGGAGCAGCAGAGAGGGAUUUCAUCCGGACAUCAAGCAUCAGCUAUCUCACCCCCCUGAGGAACUUCCUGGAAGGAGACUGGAAGACCAUUUCAAAAGAACGGCGUCUUCUGGAGAAUCUGCGUCUGGACCUGGAUGCGUGUAAGGCUCGUCUGAAGAGGGCCAAGAUGAGCGAGGCUAAAGCUGCGAUGGCUCCAGAUUUUCAGGAGACCAGACCCCGCAAUUAUGUGCUGUCUGCCAGUGCCUCUGCGCUGUGGACAGAGGAAGUGGAAAAAGCUGAACAUGAACUCCGAGUGGCACAAACAGAGUUUGACCGUCAGGCAGAAGUCACACAGCUGCUUCUGGAGGGCAUUAGCAGCACACACGUGAACCACCUGCGCUGCCUGCAUGAGUUUGUUGAGGCUCAGGCUGCUUACUAUAAGCAGUGUCAUUUCCACAUGCAAGAGCUCCAGAAAGAGCUGGAAAGGCUUCCCAAUGCGUUUGCACUGAACUCCAGUCAUUCCACGGCGGCUGCUGCUGCUGCUGCUGCUGCUGGUGGCGGUGGUGGCGGUGGUGGCGGUGGUGGUGCAGCUGAAGACAUCAGCAGCCCUGUGGACAAAGAUACACUGAAGAUUGAGGAGGUUCAGGCUCCAGCUACAGGCACCCGCAAAGCCAAAGUCCUUUAUGAUUAUGAUGCGGCUGACUCCAGUGAGCUCUCCCUUCUAGCUGACGAGCUGAUCACAGUUUACACGCUGCCGGGGAUGGACUGUGACUGGCUGAUCGGAGAAAGAGGAAAUCAGAAAGGAAAAGUACCUGUGACAUACUUGGAGCUCCUCAGCUAAACAACACACACACACACACACACACAUCCAACUCAGAGCUUAAUGCAAUAUAUUCACACUGAAACAUCACAUUGUGAUGGAGACGCUGUUACAGUGAGGACAGAGGGUUUAUUAUUGAUUUGCUGUUUGUGUUUUGUUUGGUUGAAGCUGCCUUUGUUCAGAGAUGUUCAGGACGAUGAAAAACAAACUAUGAAGUGACUUCAAAACACUCAGGAUAUGUUUGAUAUUUAACUGGUUUAUUUAACCCUGGGUUUUCAAAGUGAGCGUCCACAUAUAAAACAGUAGGAAAUGAGUUUGUUUUGGUUUGUAAAGUGAGUCUAAACCUUUAUUUAUUGCAGUGCGACUGGUGCAGAUGAAAACCAGGUUGACUUCUGUAGGAAAACACCAACAAUAACAUGACGAGUUAUAGGUCUCCAAGCAUUAUAAUGCAGAGUCAUACAUGCAGCCAUCACUUCUGUUUCUUGUGGCCACAUGUUUUUUGUCCACACGUCACAUCCAGCGUGAUGAUAUAUAAUCUGGAUGUAAUCUGUAUGUAAUCUGGAAAAACAGAGACAGCAGCAAACAUUCAACAUUAAGAACACUGACGUCUCUGUGAAUCUGCAGAUCAUGAGAGAAACUCAUGAGCUUUAGAUGCCGUUUCUCCAGUUCUUAGUGUGAUGUUUAUUUAUAUAUUUAUUUAUUUAGUUAGUGUGAUAAACUCUGAUUUUGUUUGUUGAUAGUGAAACAUUCUCUCUCUCUCUACAGUCAACAGUGAUGUAAUUGGUCAGUAUUUCAGCUGUUGACUGGUUCUAAUCUGUUUAUGAACGUAUGAACUUGAAAUGCGUUCCAUUUCUAGUCGUAGCUCACAAUUUAAAACAAAAGAUCUGAUAUAAACAUGUGGGGGUUCAGCAUCUGUUACCAUGGUGAUUUAGCUUGAUAAAAAGUGACAAAACCCAAGGUUAAACCCAAAGUUAUCUGUAUAACUUUAAGUCCUGCAUGUCGUAGUGUGUAACCACUGACAAAGCCCUCACUUAUCUUUAGGCUUUACUUUGAAAUCGUGGUGAGCUCAGUGCAGGAACAGUCAUCUGUGAUGUAAACAUGAAUGUCUGUGUGUGGUUGUAUGACGAGCUGUGUCCCUG